AUGGCGCGGACAACCAGGAAGAUCCUAGAAAUGGCACUAGUUUCUCUGGAUACAAUUCGACCUGCAGUUUCAAAUAAAUGGGAUUCAACUAAGAGUUAUAUUAAAGAUACUCGUGCGAGAGCACUCGUAUUCAAUCCAGUUGUAGAGAAAGUAGAAACGGCUGUAGCAAAAGCAGAACGUUUGUUAAGUUCAAAAUUAAUAUCAAUCCGUGAACGACAGAUACUUGCUGAAGUCGAGUAUCUUGAAAGAGAGUUAUAUGAAGCUAAAAAGAGACUUGUUGCUUCGAAAACUCUAAAAAGUUUUGGGGUCACUUCGUGGAAAUAUUUAAAAAUUGAAGCGGUGCCGCCCAUGACGGUAAAUUUCUUCAACGGACCAACUGGUCGCAAAAUGGAAGCCUUCGUUGGAAAGUUGACAAAUGGUUUCAUAGGUGCUAUACAAACUAGGAUUAAAGAAAUUGACCAAGAGGAGGAAAGAAACAGGCGUGAACUAGCUGCCGCUAUGAAAGCACGAGAGGCAAGAUUAAUAGCUGAAGCGAAAAAGAAAGAAGCCGAAAGGCUCAAAGCUAUAGCAAGGAAAGCUGCUGAAGCCGUCAAAAAAGCCGCGGCAUUGGCUGCAAAGCAGAAAGCUGAAAUGGAAGCUACUAAAGCAAAAGAAGAAAAACAAACCAAGACUAAAAAGCCUAAAGCUAAAGCUAAAGCAAAAUCCAAACGAAAACCUAAAGGGAAAGGAAAAGGGAAAUCAAAAGCCAAACCUAGGAAGAGGCGGCCAAGGAAAAAGAAAUGAAUCUAGUGCGUAAUAAAAUUUAUCCAUUGAGAA